AUGUUUGCUCAAUGGGGCGCCGCUUAGCGGACUGUCAUACUCUCUAUUUUUACCAGAAGCUUCACUACAUUGCUUUUUAUAUUUUCGCUGCUGUAAAACUACUGUAAAUGUCGGCGCCUACGAAAUUGGAACUGAUUUCCCUGCCUGGACGAGGACGAGCUGAGACUAUUCGGUUACUAUUGGUAUUCACACACAGAAAGUUCACGGACACCCGAUUGACACUUGCCCAGUGGAAAGCCAAACGAAAAAUGGCAGGUUUCAAUGAUGACACAAAACUCCCAGUGAUGAAGAUUAAUGAUACACGGACUAUUAUUGGAGUUAUCGAUAUUUGCAGACAUAUCGCUCUUCAAUAUGGUCUGUACGGAAGCUCAAGUGGGGAUCAGGAAGAAGUUGAUAAAGUGAUUCAAAAACUCGAGGAGCUCAACACAGCGAUGAACCCAAUUUUGAGAGCAACACUGACGAAGAACUAUGACGCGAGGAAAGAAUGCUGGAAUGUAUUCAAAGAGGAGUCACUCUUCCCAUUGCUCAGAGAAUAUGAAGAGUUGCUCGGCGAGCAAAAGUUCAUGAUUGGAGAUCGAUAUUCAUGGGCUGACAUCGCUGUCGUCGAGUUUCUAACUCGGUGUCAGCAGUGCUACGAUAGCUUCUAUCUGGCUCAUUUCGAGAGGCUCCGAACUUUUUGCCAGACUUUUGAGUCUCUUCCGCACAUUCGUCCCUACAUUCAGGGACGUGUUGAUUCAUUUAUCUAAUUUUUUAAAAUGGAUAUUUUUCGUUUUUUAUUUGUUUGUUUUGCUGAUAAUUCAAUAAAGUUACGCAACGAAU